AUGAGCUUUCCUGAGCCGAAGAUGAAGGCUGGCUGGCUGGAUGAAGAGCGGGAGGUGGUCUCAGGUCCAACGUCAAGCACCGACAGACACCUCAGGGAAGUCGAAGAUGACAGGAGGGACUACCUCUCAUCUCAAUCUAUUCCCCCCGUCGUCCCUCCUUCACUCUCGGCGAGCUCGAUGAGGUUCAAGCAGGAGCCCGGCGCGUUAGUUUCAGACAGAACAAGAGCUAACGCAAGUGUUGAGCUGACUCGAUCUUUGUGGGCCCUCGAGCUCGCCAUGGGACAUCAACGGUAUUCGAUUCUCCAGCACGGCGAAAGCAGUGGUUCUAGGGCACAAUGGAAGACUCUUGCCAUACUUUGCGGCCCGUAUGAAGUUGAAAGCAUGAGAGCGGUAGACGCGCUGAGAGCACUGGGCAAGGAAGAACUUGUUGGAGCUCUUGGAGGCGGAUAUAGCGAGAUGAGAUCUAAGCUCAUUGCUGCCUUGUGGUCAAGCAAGAGUUCUCGAGUUAGACAGAAGAUCUGCUAUCUUGUACAAGAGUUCGCUUCCGGCCCAGACCGCUCUUUCAUUGAGGAAAUGAUGAUAGCUUGUGAAGAUGAAAGCCCUGCCGUGCGAGCAGCUGCAAUAUCAUGUUUGAACAGCCUGUUGAGUCAUGAGGGUGCUGGGGACUUCUUGCCUCAGGUAUUGCCGUUGAUAAAGAAGAGAGUGAGAGACGAUAGUGCCGAAGUGAAGAAAGCAGCGCUGAUGGCUUUGUCGAACCUAGCUAAAGCCCGAGAUGUGUCAACUCUCAUGCUGCUGGUUGAAUCCGUAGAGAACGUGAACGCUGAGGUGAGCAGCACAGCUCAAAGUUCCCUCUUGCAGAUCAUGAAAAAGGAUGCUGUGGAGUACAGUCGCAUUGAGAUGAAGAUGUCUUUAAUUACUUUUGUCAAGAGCCUUGCUCAUACAUACAGAAACGACAUGUUGGCGAGAUUUGAAAAUGCCUUUGGAGAGUUUGACAUCAACGGGGAAAGAGUAACAGACCCAGAGCGUGUGAGAACAACUCUAGAGGGUGCGAUCGGAAACAACAUCCACCAACUCGCUGCUCUAUCUGACCUACUGUCGGAGCCAAACGAAAACAUGUCAUGGGAAAAGUUUCGAGGAUGUCUAGAGGUGGACGAAGCUGUCGACUGGCACCCGCCUUUGAGGGUCCCGUCCUUGUUCCGACUGCUCUGGCUGUGGAUCUCCUGGUUUGGUUUGCAUGAUAUUCAAAGUCGAUGCGAUCUGCGGCUGCCGGAUGGGAGGACCAAGUUGUUUGCACUUGUAGAGGACAUGCUGGUACUCAAAGACGGAGAUCGAGAAGCCAGACAAGACGUGCUGUUUGACUUCCUUGGCCGUCCAUUAGUUUACAGAUCAGAGGAUUCUUGGGCUUGGGCGAACAGAAGGAAUUGGCUGUAUCAAGGACCCUACAAUUAUUACGAUGCUGCUACUGGAGAGCCGAUUCUGUCCAGCGAUUUCAGCUUCAGCAAAUUCUUUGCGAUCAGAAGGGAAGGUGAUGAACUAGAGAUGAUAGACAGAAGAACGGAUGAGCGGAUCUUUGCGUUUUGGAAGCCGUUGUUUCUGGAAUGUGUCAAAGGCUCUUGUGAUUUGACGUAUGCCAUGAAGUUUGGGGCUGUGAAGAUGUGCGAAGCGACUGAGGAGGAAGAGGAUCAAACUUGGUCCACCUGCGAUAUGGCAAUGUCAGACAUGGAGGACAGCAUCGGCAGUUCUACCAGAGAGCUGUGCGACUCUGAGCUGAUGGGCGUGAAGUAUCGAGCAGCUCACUUGGAUUGCUCUUGUUGGUUUCAAACAAGGACGAGGAUUGCAAGAGCACAGGACAAACUCAUCAGAGAGCUUCUGGAGAGGGUGGGAAGUGAGAACGCAACGAUGAGGUUGAGUUGCUCGAAAGUCUUGGAGCAAACGGACAAAGACAUCCAGCAAAAAAUGGUUGCUGGCUUAUUCAAGAGACUGAAGGCGGAAACUACUACCUCACACUUUGACAUCAUGUCUCUGCUCGUCAGAUUUGCCUCUGACACCAGCCAGAAGGAAGAUAUCAUACUUCGAGCACUGGAGAUGACCAGACAAGAACUCAAACAUGUCAGGGUCGCUGGGCUAGAGCUUCUUGCUAGCUUGUGCGAGCCCAAAGAUACUCGACUGAACGAGCUGAUAAGUCAAAUGAGUUGUGAUGACGACUAUGCCGUGCGAGCUAUAGCCUUCCGACUGAAUCAUUAG